CUCUCUCGGGAGACAAUCCAGAAACGAAACGCCUUUUGUGAGCGAGAGAAGAGAAGAGAGAAGAGAUCACACCACACAAAAACUUCAAUUUUGUUUUGGAAAUUUGUUGCUAGAGAGAGAGAGAGACAACACUUAGGUUUUGGUGACUCCAAUUCUGAAACGAAAUGAAUCGGUGAAGAAAUUUGUUUAGGAUCCUCAAGAGAGUGUAGCGAGGAGUAGUCUCUGAUCCGUUCGCUGAUUCCAAUGGCGAGACGGGUCUUCGAAGCCUGGAAGGGAAGUAAUAAGUUUUUAUUUGGUGGGAGAUUGAUUUUUGGGCCAGAUGCUUGGUCUAUUCCUUUUACCUUCCUGCUCAUCAUAACUCCAGUUUGUUUCUUUUCUGUAUUUGUUGCAACACAUCUUCGCCGCGAGCUCUUACCAAACAAUGCGGGACAUGUGUUUUUAGUGGCAGGAGUCCUAUUUACUGUCUUUGUACUGAUCCUUCUAUUCCUCACUUCUGCGCGGGAUCCUGGAAUCGUUCCAAGAAAUUCGCAUCCGCCAGAGGAAGAACUAUGCUAUGAUACAACUGCAUCAAGUGAUGGAAGACAAACACCCACUGUUCAAAUUCCUAGGACGAAGGAAGUCAUGGUUUAUGGCGUUUCUGUUAGAGUUAAAUAUUGUGAUACAUGCAUGCUUUAUCGGCCUCCUCGUUGCUCCCAUUGUUCCAUUUGCAACAACUGUGUUGAGCGCUUUGAUCAUCAUUGCCCUUGGGUAGGCCAAUGCAUUGGAGUGAGAAACUAUAGGUACUUCUUUAUGUUUGUUUCUUCGGCAACUAUUCUCUGCAUCUACAUUUUUUCGAUGUCGGCAUUAUACAUCAAGGUUCUGAUGGAUAACCAUCAAGGUACUGUGUGGAGGGCAAUGCGAGAAUCACCCUGGGCGGUUAUGCUGAUGAUAUAUUGCUUUAUUUCCCUGUGGUUUGUUGGAGGGCUUACUGGGUUUCACUUGUACCUCAUUAGCACAAACCAGACGACCUAUGAGAAUUUCCGGUACAGAUCAGACAACAGAAUCAACGUUUAUAACCGUGGGUGUUCAAACAAUUUUCUUGAGACAUUUUGCUCAAAAGUUAAACCCUCGAGGAAUGACUUCAGAGCGUUCAUCAAAGAAGAAUCUCCAAAGAAUAUUACAUUGGCUACCACAUGGGAACGACCGGAAGAAGCAGAUGAAGAAAAUAGGGAGGAACGGCGUCAGAAGGUGGAAGACGAUCUAGACAUCGAUGAAGAUGUUUUGAAACUCCAGCACUGUUUAAAUGUCGAAGAGGGCAGCGAUACAGCGCAUCACAAGAUCGAUAUUGACCAAAUGAGAGUCGGGUCUAAUGAGAGAGCACCAACAAUUCGAUCAGAAGCCAGGCACGGAAACUGGGAAACAAGACGUAAUGUACAAGAGGACGACGUAAUUGCUGGUUCUUCAGUAAGGGAAAGUAGAAGCUAUGCAGCUGCAGAGGAGGGACGGUGAUUGGUGAACUAUGGUAGUAAAGAGGGUAAUUCUUUUGAAGCUUUUCUCUUUCUUACUAAGUUUUAUUGUUUUCAAUUUUUCAUUAAUUUACGGGUAUGGUUCGAUUUGGGAGUUGUGAACACUAUCUGUGAAUAAGUUUAGUGUAAGCGUAGGGGUCAAAUUAAGUUUUAACUAUUCAACUUUUUGAAUGUUUUGCCGUGAUGAUUGAUUAAUGAUUUCUAAUGAUUUAGGUUACUCUC